ACUCCUCAUCGCAACCUCUUCCAGAGCUCUGUAGCUGCUGGUCCUCCUCUCCUCCACCCGACCUUACCGCCCUCCGAAAGCGCCCGUCGGCGCCACCUCCGACCGCCGCGUCAUUAAGCUCGGCCUCGAACUCCUCUUCCUCGCUCGACGGCCCCGCAACGACCUCCAAAUUUGGGCCUCGGCCUGCAAAUUCUGCAAAAAUUGGGCCUGGGCUUGCAAAAAAGAGAGAGGCAAUCGGUUCAUCAUCUCCUUCAUUCAUCUGUCCGUGGGAACAUCGCAGCGAGCCAGCGUGAGAUUGAAGCUGCAGAGCUUCCCCACUGCCCUCAGCUCACUGCUCCAAUGGCCCCGCGCUGCCCCAUGCCCGAACCACUUACCAUCUUCUGAAGCAAAGUAUUAAGAUUAUAUUAACACUUUAACAAGAAGCAGGCAGGGCUUUGCCCCCCUUUUGCUCGGGAAGGGUUCGGUUCGGUUUCGCUUUUCCAGCUUGUUCCGGCAAUGGCGGACUCCGCGACCAGCAGAUCGAGAGACCUCGAUAAGCUCCUCCUCCGACCCGGCAACCUCGUCGGCCCCAGCUUCGAACCCGGCCCAGAGUUGAGAGACGAUCUUCGCGAUUAUGCGAGAGUUCUGGUGGUGGGGGCAGGUGGGUUGGGGUGUGAAUUGCUCAAGGACCUGGCUUUGUCGGGUUUCAAGAACUUGGAUGUUAUCGAUAUGGACCGUAUCGAGGUCACGAAUCUCAAUCGCCAGUUUCUCUUCAGGCUCGAAGAUGUUGGGAAACCAAAAGCGGAGGUCGCAGCUAAGCGUGUCAUGGAGAGAGUGAAUGGUGUGAACAUUGUGCCACACUUUUGCAGGAUCGAGGACAAAGAGCUCGACUUCUAUAACGACUUCAAUAUUAUUGUCUUGGGUCUUGACUCCAUUGAGGCACGAAGCUACAUAAAUGCUGUUGCAUGUAGUUUUCUAGAAUACAAUGUUGAUGACACCCCGAGAGAAGAAACAAUAAAACCCAUGGUGGAUGGUGGAACCGAAGGUUUCAAAGGCCAUGCAAGGGUUAUUUUACCUGGCAUUACACCGUGCUUCGAAUGUACUAUUUGGCUGUUUCCUCCUCAAGUGAAGUUUCCUCUCUGUACUCUCGCCGAAACCCCUAGAACUGCAGCUCAUUGUAUAGAAUAUGCACAUCUUAUAAAAUGGGAUGAGGUUCAUAGUGGAAAGGCAUUUGAUCCUGAUGACCCAGAACAUAUGCAAUGGGUCUAUAAAGAGGCUGUGAAAAGAGCCGAGCUUUUCGGUAUUCCAGGAGUAACAUAUUCCCUCACUCAGGGUGUUGUGAAGAAUAUUAUACCAGCUAUUGCUUCAACCAAUGCAAUCAUUUCCGCUGCAUGUGCUCUUGAAACUUUGAAGAUUGCAUCAGGAUGCAGCAAAACUUUAUCCAACUACUUAACGUAUAAUGGCGUGGAAGGUCUUCAUAUCAAAGCCACCGAAUUCGUGAGGAAUAAAGAUUGUCUUGUUUGUGGUCCUGGGGUCCUAAUUGAGUUAGAUACCGCAGUUACCCUACGAAAGUUCAUUGACAUGCUUGAGGAACACCCGAGACUGCUUCUAUCAAAGGCAAGUGUUACGCACAGGGGGAAAAAUUUAUACAUGCAGGCACCACCAGUGCUUGAGGAGAUGACUCGAUCGAACCUAAGCCUGCCGCUCUUUGAUCUUAUGGGUAAAGUGUCAAGAGAUGUCGUCCAUGUGGCUGGUCUAUCUAGCAUGGAUAACAAGAAAGCCUCAAGCAUGAGGAAGUUGCGGGUUGCUUUCAAGGGAGUGCCUGAUGGUGUCACGGACAUGGACAUGGCUGGUGGAGCAUGACAUUCUGAGUUUGCUAUCGGUCAAGCCAGUACAGUCAGAGCCGCUGAUCGAGUGAUUGAGUUUGUCCUCUUUUGCUUCUCUAAGUAGAUUAGAUGUUGAGGGCAGAAGAGGCGAGGGAGGGUGAUUUGACGACAAUUUAUACACGUAUUAUGAUUUUGGCUUGAGUCGAUGAUCUCUAUGGGCUAAAUUCUUUCCAGUUAGAGGCUAGGUGCUUCUUAAAUCAGAUUAAUGCCGUUAUUAGCCUCUGCUCACAAGCUAGAGCCCAGUAUGAAACUCUGGCGGCACAAUAUUGCCCUCAAAACACGAGCCCCUGGAUUUGUUCUUCUAAAUUAUAAUGAAUUGUCUAAUUAAGAUCCUAA